UGGAUGUUCUGCCCUUGUGCUCAGUAAGUCCUUUGUUCGGCAAAGCAUCCCUCACAUAGCUAAAUGCUUCACUGGAGACAGUACCCACUAGCACCUAGUUUGUAACAAGACAGAGUGUUUGCUUCCUAAACCACCAAGGAAUGAAGAGUUGGGAGCAAGUGAAAGAGGAUGGAUUGAUCAACGAUGACCUCCUGCAUUCUUGUAGCUUAUUCCUCGAAGUGCAUAUCAGGCAUGCCUCAUGGUAAGAAGUCCUAUUGAGCUAGGGGAGUCUGAUUAAUACCGUAAAGGGCUUUCAUUGUGGGCUGAAACUCGAGGCUGGUUACCUGAGCUCCUAGGAUGACUCUCCGCACGCCAGCUGCCCAUCUACGGAGAGCUCCGAGCUGGAGGAAAUCCGCAGAUGAGUCCUACUGGGAGAGCUUAAUACCAGAAGGAGAGGCUUUGCCCCGGGUUUCUCGUCCUCCACAGGCACCACGGCCCCAGAGUGCCAUUGAAGGACGACAGCUGGACGGCUGGCUCGAGCACCUACAGAGAAUAGAGAGGGAACUUCUGAGAGCCCCAGUUCAUGAUCAGGUUCCAGCUUUCAGUGAUCGGACAUCAUCCAUGCCUGCUCUCCACAAAGAGGCAACCGGACGUGCCUGGAGACAGCCAGGGAUCCCGUCUUUCAGCAGGGGUUCAUCUUCAUGUGGGAGUCCCAGUCGGUGUGAGAGUUCGCUGGGCAGCCAGGAGUCCCUCCAAACAGGGUUUAUUUCUCCUCCAGAGCACAGAGGAAGCUGGGAGAGAGCUCAUAUGAUGCAGGCACCAAAGAAGGAGCAGGCUCAUCUCAGUAAUAUUGCUCCAGUCAAAAUUGGAUGGCUGCCAAUCCAAAGAAGAGUGAUGAUGGUGGCUGAUGCUUGCCACCAAAAGUUUGCGGACCAAUCUGCAGGCCAGUUGAAAUUGAAACAAGCCAUCACUCCAACCUUUCAGAAGAAUCGAACAGCAGCCAACAGGCACCAUGAUGGAGAGGUGGAGAGGAGUCACAACAGUCUAAGUGCUUUGGGUGUGAAGACGUGGCAGUCACCUGACCAAGAGUCUCACAAAAUUCAACAGGUGCCAGAAAAACGAAGCUUUCCUGCUGCUGAAGGGGACAGACCUGUAGGCUGGCAAGCUCUGAGGAGAGCCUGGAAUACCAAGAGGGUGUCGGUUUUCCCUGGAGGCAGUCAGUCCAACGAGCCCCCCAUAGGGACAAGCUCAGACACCAACAGGAAGCCACCUCUGAUGAAAUCAACCAGCAUAGACCCCCACAAGCCUCCUCCUCCAUAUCGAAACACUUUUGCUGAUCCCUGCAAACCACACACUCUGCUGCAAGGGACAAGCAACACCGAAACAAACAAGUCACACGCGCCUUUGCACAGGACCAGCAGUGUUCAGCCUAUAAGGGCAACCCCCCCACUGUUCACCGCCUCACAGGCAAACUCCGCUGUGACAACAAUCAUCCCUCAGAACAAAGCUGGCUUCUCCUCUAUUACCAUCUCUUCUAGGAAAGUGUGCAGAUCAUCUAGUUUGCCUGGCCGAAACCCCUUUUCCAACUCCCCUUCUCCACCACUGGCCCACCAACCCAUGGACCCAAACUCCAUGCAGGUCACAGUGCAGAGGAAGGCCACUAUAGUCAAAGUCACAGAGCAAAGGAUGACUUCCGGGCCUGUCAUGAAUGCAAAAAGCACAACCUCACCAACUAGCCACACUUUGGACACAGUGGUGCACAGAAGAAAGGCUACCAUCAUCAAAGUAACGGAGCACACAGAGAGCUACAGUCCAGCCAAGGCAGGGGCCGGGACCCCGAGGCACCCGGAGUACAGACACAGCUACACAGAGGGAGUGUACAAUGAAGACAGCAUGUGGAGUGAGGGGAAUCAUUCACAACACACUUCACAUCACCCUGUAGAAUCCACAAAGUCGCCAAACUCUGCUGUAGAAACAAAUACAUCCAACUUAAACGCAGAGCAAAAUGGUGGGACAUUACACAGAUCCUCUCUGAAGCUUUUUUUCAGCAAACCCCCUGCUAUAGCAGCCCCCGAGGUUUCCCCAGAAGCUGUUGGACAGAGAUCGGGCAGGCCUAGCAGACCACUGAGCUGCUAUGGCAAUAUGUUUGGACACACUGAGCCAAGUGAAGACAUUUUGAGACAACCAGCCAUCAGGAAAUGGAGCUUUGGGCUUCCACAAGAGACCAAUAUCAACCCUGUGAACUCUGACAGUGUCUUCAGCCGGCCGUCAUCAGCAAACGAAGCGCCAGACGCACCGAACGGAGGCCAGAAAGAAAGAUGGCCGCCUGAGAAUUCAGAGAGGAGAGCGUCCCCCAGUCUGACUCUCAUCCAGGCCCGGGAUCCCAGCUCCAAUCAGACUCAAGAGAAAGUGCUUGCCCUCAAUGCAGCUGCCAUCAUAGCAAAUAUCAAACUCCAAAGACAACUUAGUAAGAAAAAACCCCCAAGUGACAGUUGUGAGAAGGUUUCUGCUGCGUCACCCCAAGGAAAUACAGAUGAAGGGAAAUGUAUGAAGCCACAUCCAGAUCAAAGAACAAUCGGGUGCCACAACCAGCCCCAUGCUGCAUUUGUUUCACUGAGUCCUGACGCUGAAAGGUCACCUCAGACUAUUUCUCUACAGAACGCACUGCAGAGGUCCAGACCGGACUUCAUCAGUCGCUCCCAGGGAAGACUGCGAGAGCUGGAACGACGGGGCGCAGGAGAGGAGGGUGCUGGCAGGUUCUGAGGACCCUCGGUCAGACGCUGCUGUCGGGCAGAGGAGAGCCCGCAGUGGCCGCUGUACCUCUCUGAACGAUAACCUUUUGAAACCCAGAGAUAGAGCCAUGACUGGGAGAGAGAUGCAGCUGAGAUCUAAGCGAACGCAAGGAGAGGGGAAGAGAAAAAAAGAGGAAGAGAAGAAGAGGGAGGUGUGUUUGACAAACAGACAGCGAGUUGAGCUUUUCAAAAAGAAACUGUUGGAUCAGAUUCUUCAAAGGAGCAACAGCUGAAAGACGAUGAAGAGAUGAUGUGACAAAGCCUGUAGCAUUGCAUGGCAGACUGAUGAAGUGACCUUUGCCCUUUGACAGUGCUGAACAUAAUAUGAUGUCCUUUUGGCCCUCGUUUGUUUCUCUCAUGUAUCAUCAUUAUUCAAGUAACAGAGUUUAACAUCUGUUUUUUUCUAUACGAUACAGCUAAGGCAAUCUUUCCGAAUGUCCAGACAGUCAUUUAACAUCGCUUAGUGUAUUUCCGCUUUGAAGGUUUUUCCAGAAUUCUUCUUCACAUCUGGACAAAAAACAUAUAAUAUUCUGAUGUGUUGUACAAAUCCAGCCAUAAGAUAAUGAUGUCCUUCUUAAAAAUAGCAUUUCAAGACAGGGUAGAUUUAUAGACAGGAUUAUCUGACGCCUUAAGGAUCUUGAAAAUCCCAAAAAGCACUAUGUGUUGUGAAAAGACCUUCUGGGUUUUUUGAAACAUUGCCAUAGAUCUGUCUUUUUAUGAAAACAUAUGCUUUUCCCUGUGCAUCAGCUGUUUUAAAAGCCCUUCUGCCAUGCAAUUACAAAUGAAGAUGGCAAAAGGAAUGUAUGAAGUCCUGUCCUAACAUUCUGUUUUGGUUAAAUACCACAUUGAGCCUCAUAAACGCACCGACUGAUUUGCUUUUGACAAAAAACAUUCAUGUAUGCUGUUUAUCGCUGUUUAUCGCUGUUAUCUUGUUUUCACUUGAUUGCAAAUUGCCUUUCUUCCCAGAAUACUUCAAGUAAUGGGAUUCAGAGUAAGCACUGAUGUCCUCACACAACCACUUUCACAUGAUCUCGUGAUGUGGAGCAGUGAUCAGAAACUUUCAAUAUGCUUCUCAGUCCCUUCCAGGACACUCUUUAACCGUCAUCCUCAUUAUACAGCAAAUAUGAAGCCUGAAUGGUGCUCUGCUAUUAUCCAGUGUCAGCUAUGAGCUGUAAGACGGAGGAAUGUGACCUCUUCUCACUGGAAAUGCCCUGUUAAUGGACAGUGCAGAUUUGAAUAGAGCUUUUGUCCCUGUCUUUAGUCUCAUGAUGGACUAAGACGCGCCAUUUUGCAGAUUUAAAAUGUGAGCGAUCCAAGUGAGAGUGCUAAACAACAUUAUGGAGCAUUUGACAAUAAAUCAAAAGUGAGAUGUGUGAAUAUUUAUUUAAAAAAUAACAGACGCUCUUCAUUAUUCCUAAUUGUUUUUUUCCUCAUUAGCCUUUAAGUCAGAGAUCCUUCAUAGUCCAACUGUUUCAUCCAUCUACAUUUACACUGAUGUCUUGGAGAACGAUGAUCACUACAGUUUUUGGUGAAUCCUAUUCCAUGUGGGUGUUUUGGAUGAGAGGAGAUCAUUUAUAACAGCACUCAUGGUUCAUAAUUGUUUCUGUCUUUCGAAAAUGAGUAAUUUUAGACUACAGUAGAAUAAGACGUCUAUGAACCAUGACUGCUGCUUAGAGAAACAAUGUACUGUGUGUUGUUUUGCUAUUUAACUUAACAAAGACAGUUUCACUAUGCAAUGUCAUUGUUUAAACGUCAACUAUAUGCUAUAUUGGAAUUGAGUUAUAUGUUUUCUUUUAUAUAGUUGAGUUUUCUUUUUACAUAUUGUUUAUUUGUAUUCCAAACAAGACUAUACAUGUUUUUCCAGGAAUAAAAAGU